AUGCAAACAUCAAUCUUCAACCUCUCGCGACUUUGGAGGAGAAACAAAAAAUCUAACCGGCAAACGCAGGACGAAUAUUUUCCUCCAGGCACAAACAUACGUCUAGAGAUCAUGUCAUCCUCUCAUACGACGCUAGACGCGGCCGCUGCGGACCGCAAAGCUCGUCUUGCGAAAUUAGCGUCCCUGAAGAGACAACGAAGCGAAACAGAGAGCGAGCCAACGGAUCAGAAGGAUUCGGCUGGCACGUCAACGUCCAAAUACCUGUCUGGACGGAACUACGACUGGGAGACUAAGGGAGCGAAGCUUGGAUUCGAAAAUGACCCUUCUCAAGGCGCAGCAACGUUGGAAGACAAGGCAGCUGAGAUAGCGGCAGCAACAGCGCAGGCAGCUCAGGAGAACGAAGACGCAGAGAAACCCAUUGACCUAUUCAAUCUACAGCCAAAGAAGCCUAACUGGGACCUUAAACGAGACCUUGAACAAAAGAUGAAGAUUCUAGAUGUCAGGACGGAUAAUGCAAUAGCUAAGCUUGUGAGACAACGAAUACAGAAUUCCCAGGCCGCAGCUACGGCGGCGGGUACUCGUGGGGGUGACGGAGACGGAGAGACUGCUGGAAUCGACGGUGAAAUGCUUGUGCAGGGAAUACAUACCCGCGAACGGGAGGAGGCAGAGCAAGAGAAGGGAGAAGAUUGGAGUUAA